AUGGCGGCACCUCAGCCUCCCGGCCCCUUCGGGGGUAAUGCCAUCGCGCAAACAGCAGCGCGCCUCAUGAACCAGUCCAUGGAAGAAUCCAUAGCUGAAGAGAGCUUGCAUGCUAACCGCGGAGAGAUCGAUGAUUCGGCAACACCAGUCACCGUGGCUGAAUCAGAGGAAUCCAGGCAUCGAGAAAUCACAUCUCUUGCCCGAACAUUUUCACAGCUAUCAAAGCAACAGAGUAUUGGCAAAAAUGACGCUCAGCAGGAAGGUGUGAAUACUUUCCUUGAAGCGAAAACCAAUCCGGAGCUAGAUCCUAAUUCAGACCAAUUUAAUUCACGGAAAUGGGCUCGAAACUUGUUGGACAUGACGCGGGAUCCGGAACGUUAUCCGCGUCGCACAGCAGGCGUCUCAUUCCGCAAUCUCAACGUCUUCGGCUAUGGCACAGCUGCCGACUACCAGACCAACUUUGGUAAUGCCUGGCUCAAAAUGUGGAGCUGGGUACAAGGACAGUUGGGAAUGAGGGAGAAAAAGCGAAUUGAUAUCCUUCGGAACUUUGAGGGAAUUGUCCACCAAGGAGAAAUGCUCGUGGUGUUGGGUCGUCCUGGCAGCGGAUGCUCAACAUUUUUGAAAGCAAUUUCGGGCGAAACACAUGGUCUUUUCUUAGAAGAUGGCUCCGAUAUUGAGUACGAUGGUAUCACUUGGCAACAGAUGCAUGGCAGAUUCCGAGGUGAAGUGAUCUACCAAGCGGAGACCGAGAUCCACUUCCCCCAGAUGACGGCUGGAGACACUCUUCUCUUUGCCGCUCAAGCACGGGCACCGAGUAAUCGACUACCUGGAGUCUCGCGCGAUCAAUACUCGGUGCAUAUGAGAGAUGUGGUAAUGGCCAUGCUGGGUUUGUCACACACCAUGAGCACACAGGUUGGCAAUGAGUACAUUCGCGGAGUCUCUGGAGGAGAACGAAAGCGACUUAGUAUUGCCGAAACAACGCUUUGCGGCAGUCCUUUACAGUGCUGGGACAACAGUACGCGUGGUUUGGAUAGCUCUACCGCUUUAGAAUUUGUCCGAAACCUUCGUCUAUCCACUGAAUACAGUGGGUCAACCGCUAUUGUGGCUAUUUACCAAGCCAGUCAGUCUAUCUAUGACAUCUUCGAUAGAGCUCUUGUUCUCUAUCAAGGCCGUCAAAUUUAUUUUGGUAGGGCGGAUGACGCGAGGCGUUUUUUCAUCGAUAUGGGCUUUGACUGCCCCGACAGACAAACCACUGCCGAUUUUUUGACUUCCCUGACAAGCCCAUCAGAACGCCGCGUCCGCGCAGGAUUUGAAAAUCAGGUACCACGAACUCCAGACGAAUUCGCGACACGAUGGAGGGACAGUGAUGAACGAAAAAGGCUUUUACAAGAAAUUCAAACCUGUCGAUCCCAGCAUCCGGUUAAUGGAGAUCAAUGGGAUGCUUUUAAUCUUUCCCGGGCAGCAGAGAAAGCUAAAGGUACUCGAGCUAAAUCGCCAUACACUCUCUCUUACUGGAUGCAGAUCCGUCUAUGCCUUUGGCGUGGAUUCUUGCGAUUGAAGGGUGAUAUGAGUAUGACACUAGCCACUGUUAUCGGUAACACCAUUAUGGGCGUUAUUAUCUCCACCGUCUUUCUUGAUCUACCCAGCAACACUGGCAGUUUCUUUCAACGCGGCGCUCUUCUUUUUUUCGCAAUUCUUCUCAAUGCAUUUGCUAGCUCAUUGGAGAUUUUGACUCAAUGGCAACAGCGACCAAUCGUGGAGAAGCAUUACAAGUAUGCCCUCUAUCAUCCAUCUGCGGAAGCUAUCAGCUCGUACAUUGUGGAGUUGCCUUCGAAGGUCUUGGUCGCAAUCACAUUUAACAUCAUCAUCUACUUCAUCCCGCAUUUGCGUCGGACACCCGGUCACUUUUUUGUAUUCUUCCUCUUCUCAUUUACAACUACAUUGGUCAUGUCCAACGUUUUCCGUACCAUCGGAGCUGUCUCUCGUUCGAUGGCCCAGGCCAUGGUCCCGGCUUCAAUAUUUAUGAUGAUUCUGGUCAUCUACACCGGUUUUACCAUUCCUGUGCGGGACAUGCACCCCUGGUUCCGAUGGCUUAACUACAUAAAUCCAAUUGCGUACGCCUUCGAGUCUCUGAUGAUAAAUGAGUUCAGCAACAGAAGGUUCACUUGCUCUGAAUAUGUGCCCGGUGGUCCAAUGUACACUGAUGCGCCUUUGAGCUCCAAGAUUUGUUCCCAAAAGGGAGCUGUGGCGGGCGAGGACUACAUCGACGGUGACGCUUACAUUAAUACCACGUUUCGCUACUUCCAGUCCCAUUUGUGGCGGAAUUUUGGUAUCCUUUGUGGGUUCUUUUUUGCGUUCUUGCUCACUUAUGUCAUUGCUAGCGAGUUUGUACGAGCUAAGCCAUCUAGUGGUGAGAUUUUGGUCUUCCCGCGUGGCAAGAUCCCUGCUUUUGCUAAGAAGAUGCGUCAAAACGAUGAUCCAGAGGAUGCCGCCGUGAAGGGAAAACAGGAAGUAGCAGAGAAGGCUCAGGACCUGGCUGUGCAAAGCGCAUCUCUGGCCAAACAAACAGCGAUCUUUCACUGGGAAAAUGUCUGCUACGACAUCAAAAUCGGGGGUAACCCGCGACGCAUCCUUGACCGUGUUGACGGAUGGGUAAAACCUGGAACUCUUACCGCAUUGAUGGGCGUUACAGGCGCUGGUAAGACCUCACUUUUGGAUGUGCUCGCCAACCGGAUUACAAUGGGUGUUAUCACUGGCGAAAUGCUGGUCGAUGGUCGACUUCGGGAUAGUUCGUUUCAACGCAAAACAGGCUACGUACAACAGCAGGAUCUCCACCUGGAGACUAGCACUGUUCGCGAAGCCCUUGUCUUCAGUGCCCUUCUUCGCCAGCCCCACAGCAUUCCACAUCAAGAGAAACUUGAUUACGUGGAAGAAGUUAUCAGGAUGCUGGAAAUGGAAGACUAUUCUGAGGCUGUCGUGGGUGUUCUGGGAACUGGGUUGAAUGUGGAACAGCGCAAGCGACUUACUAUCGGUGUGGAAUUGGCGGCCAAGCCCGACUUACUCCUCUUCUUUGAUGAGCCCACAUCGGGUCUCGACAGUCAGACAGCGUGGUCAAUUUGUACCUUGAUGCGCAAACUCGCAGAUCAUGGACAGGCUGUCCUUUGCACUAUUCAUCAACCAUCUGCGAUGCUGAUGCAACAGUUUGAUCGGUUGCUUUUCCUAGCAAAGGGUGGUCGAACAGUUUACUUCGGAGAGCUUGGCUUAAACAUGGAGACUUUGAUCAAGUACUUCGAGGACAAGGGCUCUUCUAGAUGUCCAAAGAAUACUAACCCGGCCGAAUGGAUGCUCGAAGUCAUCGGUGCAGCUCCUGGCUCCUUUGCAGACCGUGACUGGGCAGAAACGUGGAUCAAUAGUCCAGAAAGAGCUAAAGUAAGAGAGGAUCUGGCAGAGAUGAAGGCUGAACUGUCUCAGAAGCCUCUCCCUCCAGAGACUGUUGGCUAUGGAGAAUUUGCUACACCUAUCUGGUAUCAAUUCUAUGUGUGCAUCACUCGCUCGUUCCAGCAGUACUGGCGCAGCCCUGGGUAUCUCUACUCAAAGGUUGCCAUGUGCGUCUUCCCGCCUAUUUUCAUCGGCUUUACUUUCUGGCGUAUGCCCAACAGUCUACAGGGUUUACAAAAUCAGAUGUUCGCUACAUUCAUGCUGCUCAUUAUACUUCCUAAUUUGGUCCAGCAAAUGAUGCCGAGUUUUGUGACGCAGCGAGCGCUCUAUGAAGUCCGGGAGCGGCCUUCCAAGGCAUACUCCUGGAAAGCGUUCAUGCUCGCUAGUAUCUUCACAGAGCUACUUUGGAAUAUUCUCAUGUCGGUCCCAGUGUACUUCUCAUGGUACUAUCCGAUUGGCCUGUAUCACAAUGCUCCCAGUGGGCAGACAAUCGCACGAGGAGGAACCACCUAUUUGUUGAUUCUCAUAUUCUUGAUGUUCACAUCGACAUUCAGCUCCCUGAUAAUUGCAGGGAUUGAACAACCGGAGACAGGAAGUAAUAUCGCACAGCUGUUGUUCUCUCUUUGUUUGGUGUUCAACGGAGUUCUAGCGAGUCCCUCCGCGCUGCCCCGUUUCUGGAUUUUUAUGUACCGCGUGUCUCCGUUCACCUAUCUAGUAUCGGCCGUGCUCUCUACGGGACUGUCAGGCGGCGAAAUCGUAUGCUCCAGCAUCGAACUACUUGAAGUAAAUCCACCAACAGGUCAAAACUGUUCAUCCUAUCUUGAUCCUUAUGUCAAGGCAUACCAGGCGAAUUUGUUGAAUCCCGAAGCGACAAAAGAUUGCCAGAUUUGCUCGAUUUCGACCACUGAUGCAUUUUUGGCCGCUCUGAGCAUCAAAUUCUCUGACCACUGGCGCAAUGUGGGCUUGCUCUUUGUGUAUAUUGUGGUCAAUGUGUUUGGGGCCCUUUUUUUGUAUUGGCUCAUACGUGUGCCCAAGCGCUGGGCGCACAAAGUCAAGCAGGCGUGA